AUGCUUCAUCUCAAAACAUCUACCUUCGCUCUCCUCCUACCUCUAUUCCUUUCUGCCAUUUUUGCAGAAAAUUCCAACCUAAUUGGCUGCAAUAAAGUCGGGUGCCCAACAGUCAACGCCAACCACCGCUGCAAAAUUGAAGAUAUCACUCAUAUAGGGGUCGGGGUAGCUCCUAUCCCAAAUGUGCCUUCCGCACUAGAAGGCUUCUCCCUUGUGAAGGGUGUCAACGCGACUCUCAGCGGUAACGACGAGCGGGGACGUGCCUUCAACUCACUCUACUACCUGGCUACACCAGAGGAUAAAGAGACUAAUGGCCUUACUGGCUGUGCUGUCAUCUUUAACGACCCACCAUUCAAGAAAUUCGAAUAUCCUAUGAAAGAAGGCAAAAUUGGUGAUAUCAUAGUUAAUAUGACGGAUAGCCGUGCUGCCACUGGGGUUUGUUCCGAUGUUGUUGAGCAGGGCUGCAUUGACUCGAUUACGCAGCGGGCUGCGGAUCUGAAGUACGACGCUAAUAAGAAUGCCUGUGAGAUACUCGAGCGGGAGCUGAAGAAGGACUCCUUUGAUCGAUGUGCUGGAUUCGGGGGCCAAGGUCAUUCUCUCGGACAAUUUACUGUUAAGUCGCUCGGGGAUCUUAAUGCAGUGAGAAACUCUUCGGAUUGCUGGCCAGUACAGCGGAAGUCUGAUCGACUGAUGAAGAUUACAGAGGUUACUUCUUAUGGGAAUAAUACAGAUACCUAUGAUGCUUACACCGAACAAGCGUAUAAGAUUAGCCCGGUCCUCACCGUUUUCGUCGGUGGAGAUGAUAGUCUUGUCGACCAUACCUCCUCCCAGAUGACGUGUUUGAAGGUUGUCACCGCAGAGGAGGGGAUUGACGACCCUAAUCGCUCUGGCAAUUUGGCAGCGACUCUACAGAGAAGCGGGCUGGUUGUUGCUAGUAUUGCCGCGCUCGUGGGGAUUUAUAUAGUCCUGUAA